AACGUCAAAUUUUUCUUAUGAAUGGCCAUUUUACUAUAGUGUGGAGUGCGUAUUUCGUGUUUGAGUUGUGCAUUCUUACACAUCAUUGUUUUUGUGCUAUGUUUGUUAGUGUUGUUGAACUGUGAUCUUCUGAACCAUGGGAGAAAACGUUGCCGAAAUUGACACUGAUAUGCAGCAAACAUUUUUAUGACAAGGACUUCGAAAAUGCUGGAAGAAAGCUUUGGAAGGAUGGUGCUGACCCAGUAG